CGAAGUGCAUCGCACUAUGCGUUGCAUUGCUGUCGAAAAUGGCGUCGAGCUCGGAGCUGCUGGAAUAUUCGUCCCCGGUGAAGCGUCGUAAGGUUGACGUCGGCGACAGCCACGGGAGCAUCGGCGCGACGCUGGCGGAUCCGCAGCCCAUCGAGAGACCGCGCGACAGCCCGCACGACGAUCUCGAAGAAGCACUUGGUACAGACAGUGGAUUCAACGAACUUAGUGAUGAAUCUAAAUCAGCUUCCAUAUCUCCUGCAGCCACGAGUUUAACAUCACCACCGUUAAGGGUUGACUCUACUAGUAAUGAUACUAGUUGCCCGAUUGAUACUGCAGAUGAGAAGGAUGAAAUAUCCUCCACUGUCUCAAAUCUGUCAGAUUUAUCAGGCUUAUCGGACCUUUCUGGAGAGGCAGAAGUCAGUCAUCAAUGGAGAAAUGCUUCUUCAUGGAUUCAGAAACAGAUGUUGACGGGUGCCGAUCCUAGGGAUCUUCUACAUCAUCUCCUCAUGGAUUCCACCCAGAUUCCUGAACAGGUUGAUGAUCUCACUUUAUGGAAGAUUAUAAUUAACAUGAUGUCUGAACCACCAAGACGGCAAAAACUCAAGCAUAUAAAUACCUUAUCAGAUGUGGUACGAUUAAUCCGCAAUAGCAAGAAAAUUAUAGUGUUGACUGGCGCAGGCGUUAGUGUCAGUUGUGGUAUUCCUGAUUUUAGAAGUAGAGAUGGUAUUUAUUCAAGAUUAGCACAGGAUUUUCCAGAUUUACCAGACCCACAGGCUAUGUUCGACAUUAAUUAUUUUAGUCGAGAUCCCAGACCAUUUUACAAAUUUGCACGCGAGAUAUAUCCAGGGCAGUUUAAACCCAGUCCUUGUCAUAGGUUUAUCAAAAUGUUAGACAAGCAGAAGAAGCUUUUGAGAAAUUACUCGCAAAAUAUUGACACUUUGGAACAGGUCGCCGGUAUUGAAAAUGUUAUUGAAUGCCAUGGCUCCUUUGCCACCGCGUCGUGUACAAGAUGUAAAUAUCAAGUCAGAGCAAAUGACAUCAGAGAUGAUAUCUUCGCACAAAGGAUACCCACAUGUCCGAAAUGUCGCGUCAACGCGCUGCCCUCUCUGUCCGAGAUCAAUUGCAGCGAGAACUACAGAGAUUUGGUGAAGCAAGGUAUAAUGAAGCCAGAUAUUGUCUUCUUUGGUGAAGGACUUCCAGAUGCUUUCCACGACGCGAUGGCCAAAGAUAAAGACGAUUGCGACCUUCUAAUCGUUAUUGGAUCAUCCUUGAAGGUUCGGCCAGUGGCUUUGAUUCCUUCGUCCAUUCCGUCGCAUGUACCACAGAUCCUUAUUAAUCGAGAACCAUUACCACAUCUCAAGUUUGACGUUGAGCUACUGGGGGAUGGUGACAUUAUUAUAAAUCAAAUAUGCCAUUUAAUGGGCGAUACUUAUAAGGAAGUCUGUUGGUACGACAAAAUUUUGAAAGAAGUCUCGCAACUUUUACCAUUACGGUGUCUAUCCGAUGACACCUGGGAACAGAGUCAAGAUACAAGUAAUACCGAGGUAUCGCGCGACAGCGUAGAAGUUGAUUUGAAAACUCACAAUGUAUCCUCAACUGAAAGUCAGGACAGUCUCUCGAUCACUAUGACUGCAAUGUCACAACAUACAGACGACAUCAGUGUCUGUGUUUUGUUAGAUGACGAUCAUGUCCGAGCAGAAAAUCCAAAAGAGAGUCUCAAUCUUUUAGGAGAAAGUCCGAAGAGACAAUCGGGGGAUACUAGUAUAGAAAAUAGUCCUAAACGAAUGAACUUUGGUAGCGUACACGAGACAGAAGUUGUGAGUUCCACAUCACCAAUGAAAGUAAAUGUCGAAUGCAGAAUGAUUUCGUCGGAAAACAAACUUUACGUCGCAUCCACAAAAUCGAUGUCCGAAAAUCACUUGGAAGAAUGUCAGGUGGUACCGACGAUAUUGUCUCUUUCCUCAGAGGCUAUAAUAAGUGAAAACACUCUAGAGUCUCAUAAAUCGCUCAACAAGUGUCAAGAAAAAUCAAACAAAUAUGACACCGCCGCGAAUCUAGAUGCUGCCGAGUCGGACAAGACGAUACCGAAACCGAGGCAGGCGUCGGUAGAUUCCGUAUUGGAUUCCGGAAUAGGCGAUAGUUGUAACAGCAUCGAUAGCACAGAGGAAAAAUUUGAUAUAGCCGAAUUGAAGAACAGAAGAUUGGAAAGACACUGCUGGCAACCAAAGACUCGGGAGAGCCUAGCUGUCAGGCUACCAGAAAAUUCCUAUUACCAAUUGGCAGCGGGCAGGUAUAUUUUUCCUGGUGCGGAAAUUUAUUCUGAACCAGAGCAGUACGACCAAUGUUCCCUCUCGGCAAAUUCCGAGAGCACAGAUAGCGAUAGCGAUUCCUCUUCUGGAGAUGAAGAAGAAUAUGAGGAAGAAGAGACAGGUGUCGAUGAUGAUCUGUCAGAGGAUGCGCACGCCGACACCGACACUAAUGGUCAAAACAAUGGCGCAAAAAGAACAAGUAAUUCUCAUAAUGCUAAGCAACAUUGAAUUAGAGAAAGCAUCGCGUUCGGAUAUAGUAAAUAAUUUUAUUGUUAUCCUAUCGAUUUUUACUGGGAUUUGUUGCGAUUAUCCGUGUAGAAUAAUAAGUAAACGGUGCAAUUUUUUCGGUUUAGUUACGAAACAAAAUGACUUUAUUCACACUAUAAGUUCAAUUAUAUUGUAGCCCGCUACUUUCUAUAUACUUAAAUACUAGUCCAAUCUAAUAAUUCUCAAAGAUAUUUCAUCAAAUCAAUAUUGUGCUGUUAUUUAACCUUAUUGAUAAUAUAAAUAUUUUAACAUUUGGUAUUUAAACACAUUUGAUUAUAUUUAAAAGAAAGCCCAUCUGUUUUAGCUGCAGUUUAUUCCCUAAAAUGUAUCUUUUAAUGUUAAUAUGAGCAAUACAUUUUCCAAGUUGAAAUACCGAAAGGGAUAUAUGUAACACAACUAAUAAGUUUGAAAUUUUAUUAAAAUAAAGAGGAAAAAAUAACAAUUAUUUAAAAAGAUAUUAAACAAAAGGAAAUGCAUAUUUCUUAUACUAAAUACGUUAUAUUUUCAUUAUGUAUCCAAAUAAUCAGAUAAUUCAUUUUAUGGAAACUAGCCUAAAUGUAAUAGAAUUAUCACUCUAUAGUGCGGAAAAAGUCAAACUCAUUUGCAUAUUAUGCAAGCAAAGAUGUUUUUAAACACUGUUAAUUUACCAUGUGAUACUGAUUGAACUUAAAUAGUUUUUUGUUUCGUAACUGUCGAAAAUAAAACUAUAAGUUUAAGUCCUCAAUAAGUUAUGCUAUAGCGUGAGAGACACGCUUUGAUAGCAUUAAUGCAUAUGUAAGUAUGAUUGAGUGGUAUUGGCAACAAAUCUGAGGAAUAGAAUAUAAAAUUUAAUGCAAUGUGAUGAAGUUAUUUUAGGCAAUUACAGUAUGUUAAUUUAUACAUUUUUGCAUGCACACUCAGUCUUUUCAAGACAUCGAGAUUUUGCUAAUAACGACAUGAGAAACCUAGUUAAAACCGCAAAACCUAGAAUGUUAGUUUAUUUGCAGAAACGUGACAACGUAUAAAACUUGGUUAAUUCAUAGUCGAAAAAAAAAUAUAUAUUUUUUUUUUUUUCUCAAAUAGCACAAAUUGAAGAAUCUACUGAUAUACAAUUCCAUAUUUUUUCAUUUUUUUUUUUUUUUUUUUUUUUUAAUCAUGAUAACUUUGCGAUGCUCAUGAUAAUGUACAUAAAGUAUUGUUAUUCUUAUAUGUAUCGUCCUCCUAGAUUCGCAUUUUAAUGGCGUAACUGACAAUUGUCCGCAAUCCUUACGAUCCACACGAAGAUAUAGGGAAAUGAUCGAGAUUGCUUUUAGCUUACCGCACUCUACGUAAUUAUUUCUUCUCUACUGCAAAUAAUCUAUUUGAUCUAUUUCGUAUGUGUAAAAUGUACAUACUGAACCUUCAGCACGUCUCUCCUCAUUGCAGAACAAAGUGAUAAAGUGAGAAUGAGCAACAUUAGAAGACAUUACAUUUUAAUUAAGCGAUAUGUAAAUAUGAGAUUUAAUUAUAAUCAUAAUUAACAUAAAAUGGAUAAUACUCGCGGCUCGUUACGUCUAAUGUGAAAUGAAGUGGUGUUGAAGCAGUAGUGCGGGUCUAUUCUUUUUAGCUACGCUAUCUUGCGUCCUCUUCGUUCAAAAAGCACUGAGAGCAUAGAUGUUUACAUUUAAUUAAACGAAACAUAAAAUGUAAAAUGUAGUGCAAUUGGUGAACCCAUUGACGCAUUCUAUGAAAAUAAUCACAACAUUGUUAUUUUAUUAUCAUGAAUGUAGCACACUUUAACACACAUAAUACGGACGAUGUCGAAGGUGUUAAUCUAUAAUAGCUUAAAUUGCAGAAUAGUUUCUUUACGGUCCUUAUGCUGAUCGACGAUGAUAGAGAUGGCACUUUGCCCGAUGACAACAUUCGGACGAAUUAAACGUCGGUACUGCUAGGCUGAUUAAAAAUUAAUGCUGUUUAACAAUUAAACACUGAUGUCAUUAGUUUUGUUACUAUUGCAUCGCUAUUUCUGCCGUUACGAAUAGAAUUUCUAGUCUUCUUUCAUUAGAAAAAAGGAAAUGAUAAAUAAUUGCAAUUUGUGUACUUUCAUCGGAAUUGUUCUCUCUUUUUGAAACCGUGUUUUUUCCUCUUCUUGCGAAAUAAGUUUUAUAAGAAUCAUCACAUAAAUACGAUCGGAUCAGGUUUUCGAUAGAUAAGAAAAUAGUUCUGUCUUACAAAGCCUUUGUCAGCAAUCGCGUUCACUGAGCGCGUUUACCGAGAAAAAAAGUUAUUACAUGAUUAAAUUCUUAUAGUUCAAAUACUUUAUGUGUAUUUAAGUUAAAUACAUAACUUGAACUCAAGGAAUUUAAUCAAGUUGAAAAAUUUAAGUAAAUAAACUUUUUUUAGUGCUUUACAUAUUAAGUUACAUUAAUAGCUUUUCGCAUCUCAAUAGUAACGGAUAAUCGUCAUAUAGUUUGGCAAUGGACACUUUAGAUUUGUUAAGUUCAACUUUGUUUCAUUGGAGCACGGGCGAAUGUACAAAGCAAUGUUGGAUAGCUUCGCAUUGCGUGUUAUUUUUAUAUGAGCCAGAGGAAAGGUAGACUAGCGAAUUUACAAGAUUAAUACAAAGUGACGCAAUAAUCUUUGACAAGCUGUCGUUAAUAAGAAUCGUGCUGCUACUGCACAGCGUUUAACUGAAUUAUACGAAAAAAAAGGUGAAACGUGUUGAAAGAAGAAAAAAAAGUACCGAGUUUGCUACGACGUUUUGUAUGCAUGCAAAAGGAGAACGGUUCUGUCAAAGUCAUUAUUGCAAUAUAUAUCUGUAAGAAAUGGAAAAAAAUGGUUGUGUGCAAGUUUAUUACAUAUAAUUAUAAUGGACGUAAACUUACUUUGAUUCAAUGCGAUUGCAUUGUGCUAGUAAUGUUUGAAACAAGUGUGAAGCGCAUGAAAAUGUGUAAAUAUAUGCGUGAGGAGAGAAAGGAAGAAACGAGUGAACAAGCGAGCCAGAAAAAUUGAAUCGCAGAUUAAUUAAGUAUAUGUAAUACACUUCUAAUCACGCGACGUAAGAGAUUUUAUUUUUCAUUAUUCCGCUACAUGUAAAAGAAACAAGUUCUGUAGAAGAGUCGUCUCGCGAUAGAGACGACUCGGCUACGGAGGACUCGGCUGCCACCUCAAGAUAGUGUUUCGUUCCUUACAGUAAGAGACAAUUUUAUAAGAUUAAACUACGAGAAGAUUAUCUUCCGAUUUGUACAAACAGCUUUAUUUAUCACUAUGAUUUUUGCUGGAUGGCAAAAGGCAAAUUAGAUAUUACUUCGCGAAUCAUCCUUUCGUCUAUUUAUUUCAUAUACAUAUGUAUUUUUUGUAAGUGUGUGUAUUCAUGUAUAUAUAUAAAAAAAUACACACAUACACACCACACACACACACACCCCUACUAUAUUGCAUAUACGCCACGUGGUCAUCGAAUAAGCGAAUGUUCGAUUUCCUUAUAUCAUGUGCACGCGCGAUUUUACAAAUCCUUGGAAAUUUGGACUCUGUGAUUAAAUACAGCGAUUAUGUACGAUUAUUCAUCAGAUGAAUUAAUUUUUUUUUUUUAAUCAUAUACCGUCAAUGAUGUAUCAGUGUCUUAAUUUCUUUUUCAACGUUUCUACUUACUUGUUUUACUUAUGCGCCGGCUACUUAAAGGGGAGUCUAAUAUUAUGUGAUCACGAGGCAUGUCAAUCGACCGUCAUGUAAUUAUAUAUUUAUUUUAUACGAAUAUAUUUUUUUAUACGUAAAGAUGUAACGGUUAUCUGUAGUCGAUUCAGAGAGAAAGAGAGUGUGAGUGAGUGAGAAAGACAGAAAGCUGUCAACUCAUGUUUGACAAUCAAUAUCAACUUUUUCGAGCAGUACUGACUUUCUGUAUAAAAUAUGCUAUCACAUGUAAAUAUUUAUUAAUUUUACUGUACAAUGUGAAUCGUAAAUUUUAUCGCAUCAGCCAAAUUGACAGCGAAGUAAAAAGAAUUGUUAGAUUCAAAAUAUAACUUAUAACAAUAAUUAGAUAUUUACUUUCAAUGUUUCUGAGGCUGAUGCGAGAAAAUGGCUUUGGAUUUUUUAUAAUUUGUUAUUUAAUGUAAAAAAAUGACUGUUAUAAAAAUGUUCUCUAUUAAAAAUGUUGUAAGUUU